AUGCGUCCAUAUGCCAUUUACGAGCACCCCGAUUUCAGCCUCUCCGCUGAGUCGGUAUCGACGCUGCAAAAGAUUGCAGCUGCUUUGACCGCUGUUGCUGCAUCCAGUGCAGCUGUAUAUGAGUAUAUCGCCCACGUUGGUGCUUCCACUGCACAGGGAAGCUCGGCGCUUCUUUAA